AUGCAAGGUAGAGAAACGGCUGAUAUUGAGAGGCAUGCAAAAAUACGUCAGAGCAGGAGGAGGCAUUGGCAGAAAGAAAUUUGCGGGAUCGAGCUGAGAUGGAAGCGCCUGGAAAACUUGCGAGGGGAAUGUAGUGUAUUGGUAUUAGUGCGAGUACGCUCAGUAAUUGAGGAGUUCAGUGAGUGA